UGGACGGACUGUUGAUUGGGGCAGAAGGACCAAGUCAAUUUUUGAAUGGGAAAUUCGGCCGGGAGGAGGGAGGAGAGAUAGGGGCUGGCGGAGAGAGAACCUCAGGUGCAGUAGCAGAAGUAGCACAAAGGAGAAAUGUGUGAGAGCGAGUGAGAGAGCGAGAGAGGGGCUGAGGCAGGCACAGCAUCCUUACUGCUAUGCACCAAGGAAGGAAUCCUCAGUCAAAGUGUUCAGCAAUCUUCAGUUAACCUUGGUUAAGGAUUUUUUCCAUUUCCUUUUUCACUGCGGAAUAGUGGGUUGCUUUCAAUAGGACUCCGGGCUGGAACUGCAGCAAGCUUUUGUACACACUGGGAGGAGAACGACUGUUGGGUGAUCCAUAGUGCAAGGGCUCAGCCUCUCUCCAGGAGACUGCAUCUUUCAGUACAGGAGACGGACUGCAGCAGAGGGAAAUUUGUUCCGAGAAUGUAUUAAACACAGCAUUGCCUGAUUCGACAUUGCAUCCUUUUGGAUGGAUUUGGAAAUGUUACAAUGCUCUCAUGGCUGUAUUUGUUCUAUUCAUGGUUUGCUUACUAAACUGAUAAAAUAAGAUUUGCCACUUUUUGUUUGGGAAGACAUCUAAAAUCAGAAAUAAAAAUAAAUUUGGAGCAAACAAAAUGUUUUUUGUAUGAGCAGACAGACUUGAAGUCCCCUGCAGAAUGGUCUACUCUUUUAAGGAUCUCUGAGGAACUGUUGGAUAAACUAAAACUGGGAUGUGUGCCUUACUGUUCUUCAUUUAUCUGAAAACCUUUGUAGGGGAAAAUAUAACAUUAUAAAGUACACCAUCUUUCUGAACAGGACCUGCAUCAUGGCUAGGACUUCAUAUUCUCUUCCCUGUCUGAUGACAGAGAUGACAAAGGUAGUUUAAAUUGGCUUCUGUGAGGCACUUGCACAUAAUACUCAGGCUCGUUCCUGCUUCAACCCCGAUCAGAGAUAUAUCACAGGUAUACAUAUUGAAAGCCUUGGUAUCAAUACCUUAGAACUUUACUCCAGAGUAUUGUUUGUUCGUAAUAGACUGAAAAGACUGUACUCACAAGGUUUUGAGGUGACAGGGCGUAGUGCAGAGUGCAGUGCUUGGAAAUAAGCAUUAAAAUCCAACACAAUCUAGAUGACUAGCUUCCUUCCUAUGUCCCAAUAUUGGCAUGAAAAUAAACCUUUAAUCUACAUUAUUAUAAAUUUGUCUUUUUUAUUUAGUACUUUAAGACAAGUACAAAAGGUCUGAAAAAAUAAAAUGAAGAGCAAAUGUGUUACUUUUUAGGAUUUCUGCAUGACACUGAAAUUGCUACCCAGUGCCCAUUGAUGAUAUUAUACAAUGUUUUAAUGAAUUAAAUAUUUUGAAUUAACUAAAUUAAUCAUUAAUGUCCAUAAAAUGGAUCAUACUGAAUUAGUUAAUAUCUUCUUUGCAGAAUCACCUGCUCUCUGUCGUUUUUUUCCUUUAGUGCUUCAGUUCCAGGAAGCUUGCCUUUUCACAUUCUGCACAGUUUUUUCCCCUUUCAUAUCCUGGUAAUAGGAUAGAUGCUGAAAGGAAUUCAAACUCAUAUCCAGAACUCAUUAAAUCAGAAUAUGUGAUCACAACGAGUAACUGUUUUAAAGCUAUUGCAGUUUAUUUUAGUUGUGUUCUGGAACAAUGUCUCUUCUUAACAGUCCUUACUCGAGUCUGAUGGACUGCAGAAGAUGGCAUACUGGAAGGAGAUAGCCUCUUCUUUGUCUUCCUUUGCCCAACCAAAGCUAUAUGAAGGAGAAUCCAUUAGCUGGGAAACAAUGAGCAGACUGGUGUCUUAAACAGGCUAGACAGUUAAUUAAAGGAAGAACGUGUAGGCAUGAUUCUCUGUGAAUUGACAUUCCCUCAAAUACUGCCUGUGCUGUUUGAUUAAAUCUAACCCAGCAGCCAUCUCAGACCUGAGCCAUGAACAAGUCUGCUGUUGAAGUAGUGAAGCCUGUAAUGAACAGCAGCACUGGCAGCAUGUCGGUGAACCAUUCUUGUCCUCUUGGCUUUGGUCACUAUGAAUUGGUGGAAGCCUGUGUCUUAGAGACAGUGGUCAUUGUUCUCCUGACUGUGCUGAUCAUAAUGGGGAACCUAACAGUGAUUUUUGUUUUCCACUGUGCUCCACUGCUCCACCACUACACCACCAGCUACUUCAUUCAGACUAUGGCAUAUGCUGAUCUUUUUGUGGGUGUAAGUUGCCUAGUCCCUGCACUCUCCCUCCUGCAAUACCCCACAGGAGUCCAAGAGUCGUUAACAUGUCAGAUUUUUGGAUACAUUGUUUCUGUUCUCAAGAGUGUUUCUAUGGCUUGCCUAGCAUGCAUCAGUGUAGACCGCUACCUAGCCAUUACCAAGCCUCUUUCAUACAACCAGCUUGUCACACGAUGCCGUCUUCGUACGUGCAUUGUCUUGAUCUGGAUAUACUCUUGCCUCGUGUUUCUGCCUUCCUUUUUUGGUUGGGGGAAGCCAGGCUACCAUGGGGACAUCUUUGAAUGGUGCGCCCACUCCUGGCUAACCAAUGCCUACUUCACGAGUUUCAUUGUGUGCCUGCUUUAUGCCCCUGCUGCCUUUGUGGUCUGCUUCACUUAUUUUCACAUUUUCAAGAUCUGUCGACAGCACAAUAGGGAGAUCAGUGAACGUCGAGCCCGUUUUCCUAGCCAAGAGAUGGAUAUGGGAGAGGAAGGGCACAGUCCUGACCGACGCUAUGCUAUGGUCCUGUUCCGCAUCACCAGUGUCUUCUACAUGCUCUGGUUACCCUACAUCAUCUAUUUCCUCCUGGAGAGCUCCCAUGUCUUGGAUAACCCCACCCUCUCUUUUGUCACCACCUGGCUGGCCAUCAGCAACAGCUUUUGCAACUGCUUCAUUUACAGCCUCUCCAACAGCGUCUUUAGGCUGGGCCUGCGCAGGCUCUCCCAAACCAUCUGCUCAUCUUGUGUGUGUGCCAAAGACCAAGACCUGCGGAACCCCAAACCACGCAAGAGGGCUAACCCCUGCUCUAUCUGAAAGUGUCAGAGGGGUUGCCCACCCCAGCAUUCUCUUACACCAGCUGCACAAAAUAAGUCAUGGCUGUACAACGUGGCAGGUGAUGAGAUUUUUCCUGCUGGUUUCCUUGCUCUUCAGGAAGCUUCAUUGACCCUUCUUUUCACAGAGAGUUAUUACCUAACCUGAUACUGCUGGUUUUGAAACACACUUGGAAACGGAUACAGAGACUAGUAGUAACACUGCUGAAAAGGUGACUCCUGACCUUCUCCAGCAUGCUUUUGUUAUGGCUGUCAGGUCAGUAGAGAAUAGUUGAAAUCUGCACAUCUUUAGUAUAAAGAUCUAGAAAUCUCUACUAGUAAUAGUGUAUAAAUAGACAAAAACAUACAAAGAAAAGAAAUCGCACUAUAUAAACAAUGCCUGGAAGUUCCUAACAGUGCCCUGCAGCUUUAUUAGUGAUGUUGUAUACUACUGUGUCUGUACUGUGUGAAAACAAGAUACAAGAUAGCAGCUAAAAUGAAUAGCUAAACCUUUGUAUUAAGUCUAUGUAGCUUUCUGUUUUAUGGGGCUCUCCUGUGUACUAAAAAAGCCUGCAAAAGCGUUCCAAUUGUAAAUUUACUGUUUUUUAUUCAUAUAUUGUUAUGUUACUGAUAUCGUGUCCAUGCCUAAUAUUUUCACUUAACAUUUAAAGAGCUUAUUGGUAUUUAACAAUGUGUGGAAAAAAUAUUUAUUUUCAAAUAAUGUAAAUUAUUGUGCAGUUAAGAGGCUGUGAAUGGAAGAUUUAUUUGUUUGAUAUAAAAAUAAAAUUUUACUAUAUAUAUGUACCACAGGCAAUAAAUAGUUUUAAAAAGAUAUUUGUUCAUUAUUUUAACACAACAACCUUUAUAAGGUUUUAUCAUUUUACAGUUCUGAGUUCUACAUGUAGAAUGAGCUCCUUAAUGUAAAAAUAUAUCAUUUGAUUUGCUGCUAUAAAGCUAUUUAAUAUACUGAUCACAUUUGAGGCCUUUAAGAAUCUUUUUCAUUACCUCUAAAAGCUUAUGUUGCUUAUUUGGUGGAAUCCAUAAUCUGCAUUAUUUUUUUUGCUGGUCAAACAGUAUCUGUGGAAAAACUACAGUUAAAUUGUGCAUGGUACAGUAGGAUGUGAUCUGCCUUAUCUCCCUGUCAACUUUCUUCAUAAGCUGCCUGUCUCUAACUGGCUUUCAACCUAUAGUGAGGGAUUUGGAAAGUCUGCUUUCUGCUCUCUAUGUAGUCUUAAGUAAUGGUUUCCUGGGACUUUGGAAUAGCUGCUUCCAGUGCAAAGGUGGAAGCUGUUCGUUUGAGUAAAUGCUGAAUCAAAAUGGGAUUUGCUUGAGGUACUUUUGCAAAGAACAAUCCAUGGAAGAAAGAGUUACAGGCCACACAGGGGCCCUGGAUUGAUGCAGUAUGUUGUUUCUGAAAAUUGACUGGCUCUGUUCAAUAAGAGGUGGAAUAACAAAACUGCACUUUGUGAAGGGAGAUUUAGUUGAGAUAGAAGAUUAGGUCUGUAAUUUCUAGAAUGAUAUGGUUUAAAUGUCUUUAUUCCUUUCACAACAUUUGUCUCUUGUCCUGUAUACAGUAUGUUGUUAAACAGAGUUUCUUGACUUAUUAAUCAUAUAAUAUAAGGUUCUAGGUUUACUUAGCUACAUUUCCAUUUUUCUGUGUUUUAAUAUGAUGAUUUACCACAAGAAUUACA